CACGGAUUUAUACGCAUCGAAUCUAUUGUACGUUUUACUUUCAGGGCGGCAAUCAAUAAACUCUUCUGUGCGCGUCUCGACCUUACACUUCUCACAAUAACACCAAUUUACCUCUGAAAAGCGAUCUUUCACGGAAUCAAAGCUCUCAGACCUUAUUUCGGGUUCCAGAGUCUCUUCCAUGGCUCCCGCUCCCCUGCGUCCACGCCAGAGUGUGGCAAAGGAACGAUUUUCAGCCCUAUUCGGCGCUCAGAAAACCGUCUCUUACCAUGAUCCACAAGCUUCGAGAGGCACUGGUAAUCACGGUUUGCGGUGUAUUGCUUGGAACCCUCUUGGCACUUUGAUAGCCACUGGCUCACCAGACCGGAUACUUCGAGUAUGGAACCCAGAAAGACAGAACGUCAAAUACUCAACAGAACUCAAAGGUCACGGUGCUGCAAUUGAGCAAGUGGCAUUCAAUCCAGUAAAGGAUGCUGAGUUAUGUAGCGUCAGUAGUGAUGGUGUAGUCAAGUUCUGGGAUGUGCGAACCAAGGCAGUCAUCAAUGAGAUUAAAGGACUUCGUGAAGCUUUCACUCUUGCGUGGCACCCCGAUGGCGAAACUCUCCUAGUAGGCAAUAAGGAUGAUAAUAUCUUUGUUCUUUCGCCAACUCAGUCGCAACCAAUCACUUCCCACCAACAACCCGUACAAACUAACAAGUUGACUUUCGAUCAUAGCGGCGAUAGAGUCUUCCUCACGACAGGCGAUGGUCGUGUCAAGAUACUCUCUUUUCCUGAUUUCGAGCCUAUCUACUACUUGAGUCAUGAACAUACAACACCUUUCACUCUGAAUGGCCAUACAUCCUCCUGUCUCUCCAUUGACCUUCAGCCCACAGCUCGCUUUCUCGCAACAGGAGGCUCGGAUUCGAUCAUUGCUCUAUGGGAUACGACUGACUGGAUCUGUCAGAGGACGCUGAUUGAUAUGAUUGGACCAGUCAGGAGCAUCAGUUUCAGCUUUGAUGGAAGUUAUAUCGUUGGCGGAUCAGACGAAGGUCCCGGACUGGAGAUUGCCCAUGCAGAGACUGGAGAGUAUGUACACAGCGUCAAGACUGCCGGCCCUUGCCCAGUUGUAGCUUGGCAUCCAAAUAAGUACUGUCUUGCUUACACAGAUCUCGGAAGCCUAAAGAUUAUUGGAGUGGAUCCUGAGAGGAAAUAGCCAAAUGUACAUUAUCAUGAGAUACCCGGUGGAUUGAUUUGUUGGCGCAUAGGCUUGGGAGCGGGAGCAGUCGCUGACGAAAAGUUUGGGAGAUCUUGGGACCCCUUAAGAUGAGUGAAUGAAUAGAUGUC